CCGGAGCACAUCAAGGUCGUGGAGAAAGUCAAACGGGGCCAAUUCUCGGCUGACGGGGUUUCGGUGGACCUUCGGCUGGAAGUGGUUGAACGGAGCAUUCUGCAGUUGGAAAACACGGUGGUCGGCAAAGUGUUGGGGAGACGGCUGCCUUUCUUUGUGUUGGAAUCAGAAAUCCGCCGCCAAUGGGGGCGUUUUGGUGAGUUUCAACUCUCUACCAUUGGUGUGGACUGCUUUGCUUGCACCUUCAAUUCGGCUGAUGCAAGGGAUGCUGUGCUAUGUGGCGGACCGUGGUUUUUCAGUGGAAACAUUGUCGGUCUGGAUAAAUGGACUCCUGAAUUCUCUCCUAGAUCCCUAGAGGGGCUAACCUCCCCGGUGUGGAUAAGGUUACCGCAGCUGCCUUUGCAAUAUUGGGAUCAGGAAACGCUGAUCCGAAUUGCAUCCAUGAUUGGUGAACCAAUGUGGAUUGACGCUCAGACGGGUCGCAUUGGGCGACGGGAAUAUGCCCGGGUUUGUGUGAAACUUGAUCUUGCGAGGAAACUCCAAUCCGGCAUCUGGAUCAAUGGCUGGAAGGGCCGCUUCUACCAGCACGUGGAGUAUGAGGGACUAGGCCUAUCCUGCUUUGAAUGUGGGCGCAUUGGCCACCGCAAGGAUCUAUGCCCAGCUCGGGCAAAUGCUGGGUGUGCCGCCCCGGAAGGAGGCCAUGUAGGUGGGAACAAUGGCAAAGCUCCAAUGGGUGGAGCUACUUCGUCUGCUGCAUCUAACAAUCCAAAACCUGUGGGGGUGAUCACGCCGUGUAAUAGCCCCAACCCGCCAAGUGUGGGUAAUAUUUCAGGGAAAGGAAAUUCGGGUGAUGCGGGGCAGUCUUCCUCGGCAUCCACCCCUAGCAUUGCUGUGGGUGUUUGUACUCCGAAGGAGGCCGAGCUUACGGAGGAUGAGAGGAUGUAUGGGCCUUGGAAUGUUGUGCCUCCGAGGAAGGGCCGAAAGCCCCAGAAGAAGGAACAGCCGACGG